AUGCGAGGCUGCUUCACCUUUGUAAGUGCCCUGAUGAGUCUGCUCAACGGCCUUGCGUCGCUGGAGAACAACCAGCUUGACAUUGUACUUCAACGUGUGCGCAGUGCUGACGAGGAGCUCACGAAAGAUGAGGACUGGCCGGGCAAGACCGUCCUGCGAGGUCUCUGUAACCUGGUCGCUGGCGUCGUGGAGAUCAUGCAGGGCAUGCCUUCCCGUGGGGUGUGGCACGUGCUUCGAUCUUGGUUCUGGCUGCGGAACUUGGAGGUGGAGGCCCUGAACUAUGAGGGGCACGAGCGCUGCUGCGUCAGGUCCACAGCGCUGCUCGCGCUCGGCGUGUUCAACCUGUUCGUGUCGAUGCUGCCUCCGACUGCCAUGAAGGCCGCUGGUUGGGCCACUGGCUUUGCAGGCGGUCGAGAUGUAGCUUUGGCUCAGCUCCAGUCGUGUUGGGAAGAGGGUGGCAUCCAGGCACCUGGGCGAGGUGUCAGGGACUGGAAUUGGUGGAGCUGA